AUGACUUCAUUCAUUAUAAGCUCCCACGUCGACCGCAAGGUUCCAGGAUCAUGGUCGUCAAAAAACGACGACUGUGUGUUUUGUCAAAUUAUCUACAAGGGAGCACCUUCGUAUACUGUGUUUGAGACUGAGAAAGUUGUGGCUAUCUUAGACAUUGCCCCUCUAAGACCCGGUCAUGUACUUGUGAUUCCAAAGGAACACCAUUCUCAUCUUUCUGAGCUUCCGGAAGAACUUGCUGGUGCUCUUGGGCAAGCUGUGUCAAAGCUUGCGAAUGCUCUCACUAAAGCUAUGGAAAAUAACGGUCUAAACGUCGUCUGUAAUCAAGAAUACGCUCAAGCCGUUCCUCAUGUACAUUAUCACAUUGUACCCGCACCAACAUUCGAUGCUACCUCUAAGAUCUCCGUCCUUCCUACAACGGAGGAAACGCGGAAAUAUCCUUUGUCAUAUAGAGACAUGCAUAGGAUGGAGUUUGAGGCGAGGGGAAGGUUGGAAGAGGAUGAUGCACUGGAGCUUGUGCAGAGGAUAAAGUCGAAGUUGUAA